AUGCACAGCAAUGGAAAGUCUGUUCUCUCGCCAGACAUUCCCUCACAGCAGUCCUCCUUGGCACAGCAAAGGAACAUAGAUUCUGGGGUCCCGACCGAUCCCCCGCCCCCAGUCAACUUGAUCAACCCCGUUGAACCCCUCAGCCCCCGCCCCAUUUCCCCCGUCCUUGAACCCCCUGAUGGGGGCCUCAAGGCGUGGACGCAGGCCGUGAUGGGCCAUCUCGUGGCCUUCAACACAUGGGGAUAUAUUGCCAGCUUUGGUGUUUUCCAAGCCUAUUACCAGUCGGCUCUCGGGGUUUCCCCGUCCGCCAUCUCCUGGGUAGGGUCCGUGCAAGUGUUUUUAAUUUUUUUCGUCGGCACGUUCUCCGGUCGCGCCCUGGACGCAGGCUUUUUUCGCACAACCUUCUACAGCGGCGUGCUCUUGCAGCUGGUCGGAGUGUUUAUGACCUCACUCGCCACCGAGUAUUGGCAACUCUUUCUCGCUCAAGGUGUGUGCACCGGUCUGGGCAAUGGCUUGCAGUUCUGUCCAGUAACGGGACUGGUCGCCACAUAUUUCUCCGACCGAAGGGUCUUUGCCUUGGCCUUUGUCCUCGUGGGCAGUGGGACCGGAGGCAUGCUCUUCCCCGGCCUAGUCAAAACGCUCAUUCCUGCGAUCGGCUUUGCGUGGACAGUACGAAUACUGGGGUUCGUCAUGCUGGGCACCAGCAUCCCUGCCAUGGCACUGUUGCAACCGCGAUUGCCACCACGUAGAUCGGGUCCUUUAGUGGACUGGGUGGCUUUCAGAGAACCAACGUAUGUUUUAUUCUGCCUCGGCAUGUUUCUGAACUUCUGGGGUCUUUAUUUUGCGUUCUAUUACAUCGGUGCCUUUGGACGCAGUGUUCUUGGCCUCAGUUACGAAGACUCGAAUACGCUCAUCAUUGUGACCAAUGGGUCUGGAAUUGUCGGUCGCCUUAUUCCCGCUUAUCUGGCCGAUCGAUCAUUUGGACCCCUAAACACCAUCAUUCCAUUGACUCUCGGCGCUAGUCUGAUGAUGUUUUGUUGGACCGCCGUACACUCGACGCCCGGGUUGUAUGUUUUCGCCGUGCUUUACGGGAUCUUCUCCAAUGGGGUGCAGGGCCUCUGGCCCUCGACAUUGUCUAGCUUAACCCCGGACUUGAGCAAAAUCGGCAUUCGUAUUGGCAUGGGCUUUACGAUUGUUAGCUUCGCUUGUCUCACCGGUCCUCCACUCGGCGGCGCUCUCAUUGCCAAGUUCGAUGGCUAUAUGGGUGCGCAGAUUUGGGGAAGCCUGACAUUCUUGCUAGGCGCUGUAGUUCUUGUCACGGCCCGGGUUUUGAAGACCGGGGCCGUGGCUAAAGCCAAGAUCUAA